AUGUCUCCAAUAAAUAGUUUUUGUCGCAUUGCUACUUUUAUAACUGGAAGUAAUAGAAAUAUUUUGUUAGGACGAAUAAAUUGGUUUAAUCCAACACAAAUAUGUACUUAUACAAAGAAAUCAGCAGAAGAAAAAUUAGGAAUAGAAAAACCAAAAAGGCCUCUAACACCUUUUUUUAAAUUUAUGGUACAAAUGCGACCUGCUCUUCUAGCGAAGAAUCCUGGCAUUAGUCCUAAAGAGGCUAUAGUAUGGAGCUCUAAACAUUGGCAACAACUUGAUAGUGAGACAAAAUCACAAAUGGUAAAAGAGUAUGAGAAAGACUUUGAGGAUUACAAAAAAAUUAAACAAAUGUAUGAGUCUUCACUAACAGAGCAGCAAAAAGCUGACAUUAAAAGAGUGAAAGAUGAAAUGGCUGCCGCCAAGGAAAAGCGGAAAUUAAAGGCGGAAUACAAAGAAUUAGGUCGCCCAAAGAAACCCAUGUCUUCUUACUUUCUAUAUGCUCAAUCAAGAAAAGACACAUUCAAUGGUAAACAAAAUAUGAUGGAGUAUCAACAGAAAGUAAAGACAGAGUGGUUAAAACUGACAGAAAAUGAAAAGGCUAAGUUUGAAAAACAGGCUCAAGAACUAAUGAAUAAAUAUAAGAAAGAUUUAGAUGCAUGGAAAUUAAAAAUGGUCUCAAUUGGGCGUUCAGAUCUUGUCCCUCCCAGAACUCUAAGACAAAAAAGUACAAAGAAAGAAGAAUCAGAA